AUGAGGCAACGGUCGGGAACGGGGGGCGGGGCUAGGGGCGGUUUGGUGGGCGUGGCGAGGGAGGCGUGGCCGCGGGGAGCCAACGAGGCGAGGGGGCGGGGCCGUAACCCCCACCUCUCCCCGCGACCAGUCCUCCCCGAUCGGUCAGUCGAGUACAGAGGCUCAGCCCGGUUAGUGUUCUGUAGUGUGGGUUCGAACGAUCGCCGGCAAAGUGGACACCGUACACAUGGCAGUAUCCACCCUCAAUAUGGCACCGUACUUCACUGGCUAUCCCUUUCAAGAACCCGAUACGAUCUAAUCAGCAAUUACCGAAAACAUGUUAUUCUACGGAUUGUAAUCUCUCAACGGCAAUAUCGCUUUGAAUGA